AUGUGGCUCGAGAUUAUCUUCGGUUUGGUCUUCUACAGAUUGUUCCGACGAUUUUUCUACGACGACGACGUUUUAGACAUGGAAGGAUCUGAUUCUUCUGUUCUUUUCGCAGUCGCUGAUAGGCUUAAAAAACUGUACGGAGGAAAUGUGUAUGUGGGUCUUCGAAUUCCCGAUGCUGACACUGCUUCUCGACAGAGCAUUGAUAUGGUUCUUCUCACCGAACAAGAGCUGGUGGUGGUUUCUGUGAAAAACUUCUCAGGAAUUUUGACAGUUGGUGGUGAUGGUAGCUGGGUCUGUGAGAAGCCAGACAAACAUAAAGCAGAGCGUUACCCUGAUCCUGUGGAAGAAGCACGGAAGCAAGCUUCUGUUCUCGAAUCAUAUCUUGAACAGAGAGGGGUUGCUCUGCCUGAAGGAUACAUAUGUGUCAAAGUUAUACUUCCAAAUCCUAAGUUAUGUACCAUUCCUGCAGGUGGUUUUCCAUCUGAAGUUAUUACCCAUGAUCAAUGGAUUCAACUGAAGCCAGAACUAAAGAGCACAGUGUCUACUUGGGUGAAGAGCGCCUUUCGGUGUGGGAAGAAGAAGGAUAUGCAAGAAUCUGUCAAUCAAAAUAUUGAUUUUGUCCUUAGCUCAGCACCAAUGUGGGAUAGGGUGGAGCUUAAAGGCAACAAGUAUGUGUUGGGGGACUUCCUGGAAUUUAAGGGCAAAAAAGAGGAUGUUGAGGCUUUAAGACAUAUUAGAAGAUCAAAAGUUGGUCGUAUGAUAAUCCAAAAGACUAGCAUGUUUGGACUAGCUCCUUCUAGGCUUCAAGUUCUAUAUAAAUUGCGGGACUAUAGAAGUGAAGGGUCAUCAGAACCAGAGUGGAAAGAAGUGACCGUAAAAUCAAGUACUGAGAUAAUCUUCCAGCCUGAAAAUGGUUCAAAAGUGCGCAAGAUUAAGCUCUCCUCAGUGAUCUCUAUGCGUCUCAGUGCUUGA